AGGUCGAAUCGACUCCCCCCGUCGAUUGUUAAAGCGCGUUUAUCGACCACAUUUGGUGGUGAUGAUGAUUGGCUCAUAGUUCGUAAACAAUAUUAUUGGUGCGUUCGGCCAGUUUAUUUUAAUUACAUGUUAUGGUCCAUCUGAUAGGGGGGGUUAUUACAAAUUAUUACCACUUUGGUUAUAAACUCAGCAUUAAAUGUCCUACGGAUAUACCGGACCCCCGGCACAGCAACGUGAAAUCUCCAGUAUUAGUAACUAUUCUGAUCCUGAUCUCAAAGCGACCCUGCUCAACUGCGAAAAACUCAACAAGAAUUGGACAGAGAGGAGGAGAGACCGCCGCUGAUGUUGAACACACGGGCCCUGCUGCUGCUGAGGCCGCUCAGGGCGGGGCCGAGGUCAAGGUUAAGGUCGGGUCACGGUGUCAGCACGAGGAGCUACAGUGAUGAAGCCAAGGUCCCGGAUCUGUCUCUGUUCCCCAUGGAGAGGAUCCGGAACUUCAGCAUCGUGGCGCACGUUGAUCAUGGCAAGAGCACGCUUGCCGACCGGCUCCUCGAGAUCACGGGAGCCAUCCAGCCGAGCUCAGGGAACAAGCAGGUGCUGGACACGCUCCAGGUGGAGCGGGAGAGAGGCAUCACGGUCAAGGCUCAGACAGCCACGCUGUUCUACUCGCAUGUGCACACGCGCCACGCGUACAUGCUCAACCUCAUAGACACACCGGGCCACGUGGAUUUCAACUAUGAGGUGUCGCGGUCGCUCGCAGCCUGCCAGGGAGUGCUUCUAUUGGUCGACGCUAAUGAGGGCAUCCAAGCUCAGACUGUGGCAAACUUUUACCUCGCAUUUGAAGCAGAGCUCGCAAUCAUCCCCGUCAUUAACAAGAUCGAUCUCAAAAACGCGGAUCCGGACCGAGUCGCCGCGGAGAUUGAGAAACUCUUCGACAUUCCGGCCAGCGACUGCAUUAGAGUAUCUGCCAAGUUGGGUACAAAUGUGGAGCAAAUAUUGGAGGCGGUUAUCGACAGGAUCCCUCCCCCCCGCGGGGACGCGACAGCCCCAUUCCGCGCGCUGCUCUUCGCCUCGGAGUUCGACUCGUUCCGCGGCGCGGUGGCGCGCGUGAUGGUGCGCGACGGCGCCGUGAGCCGCGGCGACCGCGUGCGCACGCACAGCUCCUCCACCUCGUUGCGGCAGCGCGACUACGAGGUGUCCGACAUCGGCCUCCUGCUGCCCUUGCCCACUCCCACGGCAACUCUGUACGCGGGCCAGGUGGGGUACCUGGUGUGCGGGAUGCGCCAGGUUAGCGAGGCUCAGGUGGGCGACACGGUGCACUCGGCCGCACACGAGGUGGAGCCUCUGCCCGGGUUCAAACCCUCCAAACCCAUGGUGUUCGCUGGCAUGUUCCCAUCAGACCAGUCGGAGUACACGUCCCUGCGCUCAGCGCUCGAGAGGCUGACCCUGCGCGACUCCAGCGUCUCCAUACAGAGGGAGAGCAGCGCCGCCUUGGGAGCUGGUUGGAGGCUGGGGUUCCUGGGCCUGUUGCACCUCGACGUGUUCCAGCAGCGGCUGGAGCAGGAGUACAAUGCGAGCGUCAUUCUCACGGCACCCACCGUGCCCUACCGCGCCGUGCUCACCUCCCCACGCCUCAUCAAGGAGCAUGGUAGUGCCGAGGUGAUGGUGCUGAACCCGUGUGAGCUGCCAGACCGCUCGGUGGUGUCGCACUACUUGGAGCCCAUGAUCACGGGCACCAUCAUCACGCCCGACGCGCACAUGGGUGCCAUCAUGAAGCUCUGCCAGGAACGGCGGGGCACGCAGGUGGACGUGCUGUACAUGGACGGCGCGCGCAUCAUGCUGCGCUACCGCAUGCCACUCUGCGAGGUCCUCGUUGACUUUUACGACAUCCUCAAGUCCCUGUCUUCGGGAUACGCCAGCUUUGACUACGAGGAGGCUGGCUACGAGCCCGUGGACAUCGUGCGCAUGGACGUUAUGCUCAACGGGAAACCUGUGGAGGAACUCACGAACAUCGUGCACCGGGACAAGGCACACCUGGUUGGCAAGGAGAUGUGCAUUCGUCUCCGCGACUCCAUCCCCCGCCAGAUGUUUGAGGUCGCGAUCCAGGCCACCAUUGGGUCGAAGGUCAUCGCCAGGGAGACGAUCAAAGCUUUCCGCAAGAACGUCCUCGCCAAAUGCUACGGAGGUGACAUUUCGAGGAAGAUGAAGCUGCUGAAGCGGCAGGCGGAGGGGAAGAAGAGGAUGAGGGAGGUGGGAGGAGUUCCCGUUCCCCGCGGGGCUGUCAUCGCGGUGCUCACCCGCUCUCCCCCUCGCUCACCCGACUGACGAUGCACUCACCUCCGCACUCGCCCACAUGCUCACCCAAAUGCUCGCCCACAUGCAUAUCCACAUGCUUACUGACUUACAGAGCGCUCGGCUACACACUCACCCCAACGUUCACACACGCACGCAAACACUUCUUCACUAACCCACACACCUGCUCGACUACAUGCUCAACUGACUGACAGCACACUCGCCCAUACGCUCGCCAAGAUGCAAGAUGCAUUGUUAAAUGCAGACUGGACCUGCACUGCCCUGUGUGUGUGUAUUCACACACAGCUCGAACGAUGUACAUUAUUACCCCGCAGGAACUGCGUUGUAUGAUAAUAAUAAUAGCAGCAACUGCUCUGUCGUUGAAUUUAAGGAUUAUUGUGUCGGCCCGAAAGCAGGCCUGGUUCUCGGGGAUUAAAGGCCUAAAUAAA